AGUGCCUCGGGCCGCUGCCUCCGUCCCGGCUGCGGCCCCUGCCGGUUACAUAACUGGUUGCGGGCGCCGCGCGGCCCCACUUCCUGGCUCCCUGCGGACCAAGGAUGCACUGAGCCCUGGAACGCCGUCCGCUGCCGCCGGCUCCCGCCCAAGGUGUGAAUGACAGAGGCGGUGCCGUCCAGCGCGCUCAGCGAGGUCAGCCUGCGCCUCCUCUGCCACGAUGACAUAGACACCGUGAAGCACCUGUGCGGCGACUGGUUCCCCAUCGAGUACCCAGACUCAUGGUAUCGUGAUAUCACCUCCAACAAGAAGUUCUUUUCCCUCGCCGCAACCUACAGGGGUGACAUCGUGGGGAUGAUUGUAGCUGAAAUUAAGAAUCGGACCAAGAUACACAAGGAGGACGGAGAUAUUCUGGCCUCCAGCUUCUCCGUGGACACACAGGUCGCGUACAUCCUCAGCCUGGGAGUGGUGAAGGAGUUCAGGAAGCACGGGAUAGGGUCCCUGUUACUUGAGAGUCUAAAGGAUCACAUAUCAACCACUGCCCAGGACCACUGCAAAGCCAUCUACCUGCACGUCCUCACCACCAACAGCACAGCCAUAAGCUUCUACGAGAACAGAGACUUCAAGCAGCAUCACUAUCUCCCUUACUACUACUCCAUCCGCGGGGUCCUCAAAGAUGGCUUUACCUAUGUCCUCUACAUCAACGGCGGCCACCCGCCCUGGACCAUCUUGGACUACAUCCAGCACCUGGGCUCCGCGCUAGCGAACCUGAGCCCCUGCUCCAUCCCACACAGGAUCUACCGCCAGGCCCAGAGCCUGCUCUGCAGCUUCCUGCCAUGGUCGAGCAUCUCCGCCAAGGGUGGCAUCGAGUACAGCCGGACCAUGUGACGCCAGCCAGGCAGCCUCCGCCGGGCCCCACCCCCUGGCAUCUGGCGGACGCCGCCUUCCUGGCCAUCUGACUGCGGCUGUCCUCUGCAGAGGAACUGGCGGCCACCUGCCGGGCCCGUCAGCCCGCUCCAGCU